CUUGGGCAGGGCUGCCGUUACGUACAGUCUACUUAGAGUGCUCUCUGGUAUAUACCACGCAUCUCGCCGGUGGCACACGCAGCGUGUUAAAACUUAAUCAGAAGUCGGUAGCCGCGCGGACAGACUCGAGGGAGAAGACGAGAGACGUUUGAUUCGUAACGCGGAAGAUACAAAAAUGGAACGAUUUGCACGCUAUUGCGUAUGUUUGGCUGUAGUACUGACGGUGGUCUCCGCGAGAUCCGCCGAUACUAAUCCCACAUCCAAUUCCAUCAACGAACAGCAAACUGCAAGGUCGAGUGGCACCGGUGUCUUCGGCGAGUUGCGUUACGUCUAUCAGAUAUACAAGGAAUGUUCCAAUGCGGAACUGAGUCCUUGUCUGAAGUUAAAACUCUUGUCGGCCAUCGACAGGGUCUCUCGAAGUGCGCAGGUGAAUGUGGCCGAAGGAGUAACUCUGAUUCGCGACGAAUCAGCCGCCAACGAAUCCGAGCCGGAAAAAUCGCUGCAGGAAAUCGAAGCUAGUUUACCGCGAGCGCUGGAGGAUAAGGAAGACACUCUCAACGGCAUGAUCUUCGACAAGAUCAUCAACUUCUUCCAGAGUCACACUCUGAAGCUGAAGUUACCAAAUGUGGAAGAACUUCAGCGCAGUCUUACCGAAGAAGGUCGUAAGAAGAAAAACAAAAUGGGCGGUCUUCUGGCCAUCCCUCUGUUAAUUGGCGGUACGUUGGUACCUCUGGCACUCGGCGCUCUCGCGCUUCUGGCCGGCAAAGCGCUGAUAGUGAGCAAACUCGCGCUGGUCCUCGCUUCCAUCAUCGGUUUGAAGAAACUCGUGUCCGGCGGUCACGAUCACGGACACGAGGUAGUUCAAGUCGGGGGAGGACACGGAUCGAGCGGAUGGGCGAGGUCGGGGCACGAAAUGGCCUACUCCGCGUACAAACCACCGUCAACUUAGGAAAAUAAUUUUUUGCCAACAUCAUUCUUUCUCAUCGUUCUUAUUCUUUUCGCAUAAAUGUUCUUUUCCCUUCUCACUUUUCGCGUAAAAAAACUCUCUUAUUUAUUUCCAUCUUGUGAAUAAUCUUCUCCGAACUUCUCUCUUCGGCAAUUCUUUUUCACAUCAAUAUACACCUUCUCGUUCUUCUCCCAUCUGUGUUCACCUUGAAUCAACGCACAUACGAGAUCGGUCGUGCACGGAUCAUUUUAUUCAGUAUUUAUUAUUUCACGUACAGACUGCUGCGACACGCUCGUCGCCGCGCAAACACCAUAUAUGUAACUGUAUAUUUAUAUAAAUACGCAAAUAAAUUAAGAUUAUUAUU